AUGGAGACCGCUUCUGGCGACAAGAACGUGUACUCUUCUACGGAGAGGGCUUUUCUUGCAACACAGCGCAAGGUCUUCAAUGAUGCCGUGAUCAACUUCUUGACAGUCCGUCGAAGCAUGAUGUUCGUCUCGGUGGUAUUCUGUGUGCUGGCAUUUUUCAUUGAAGCUGCCGAUGUGCCCGGGGCGAUGAUGACAAGAAAUUCGUGGAUCCACAAAAGCAGAAUCGAGACAAACGGCAACGUUGUGCGUUUCCCACAGUUUGUGGAGAUGUCCAACCAGACCUGGACCGCAAAGGAUCCAGAGGCAUGGUUUGCGUACAGCACACACCUCUACACCGGGAUGUUUGCGAAGAUCAUCAGCCAAACGGCGAUGAUGGACAUCUUACAGGCAAUGCUUGAAGUCUGUUGUCAGGGAGCCAGCUGUUACUUCCUUUGGUGGUCGCUGAGGAAGUGGUCCCAUUUCAAUCAGUCGCACCGCGGGGUGCUCACCGGUUGGGCAUUCAGCCUGGUAGCACCCUUCCUGGCAACAGUGAUCCCCACGCGUCUAUUCGUGGACUGGUCCGUCCUGGAUCCCGUGGUGCACACCUUUGCCUCCGAGCUUUCGCAACACAUGGGCAAUCAAACAGAAGAUUUGGCAUCAAGUGUGAACAAUGCCUGCAUGCAGCUCAUAGACAUUGAGGGCAAAGGUCACAUAGAUAGCGCGGAGAACUUUGCCAAGAAGACAUGUUCCACGCUGAAGAUGACCCCGAACAAGCAUUUGAAGUGCUGUUCCUUCAUCAAGCUGGUGGACUUCGACUUCAGGCCGAUCCACUCCACUUGUGGCCAAGUCGAGGAUUAUCUCAACAAGCCAGACCGCUUCCACAAGCAGGCAAUCGAGCAAGCCACUGAGCUUUGCCGGACUACGGUGAUGCCAAACCUGAGGGGCACCAUCGAGCUCGGUUUUGAAAAUGCACUUCAAGUGGCAGCAUCGGCUGGGCCGAUUGCCCAACGAAUGAAGCAGAGCGUUUCUAUGGGCAUGGGUUUGAUCAAUGGGCUACGAGGCUUCAACACCAUCAUGCCUGCAGCUUUAGCACUCGCACCUGCGCUUCUCCGCGGGGCCUUGAAGGUGAAGGUUACAGCCCCGCAGUCCACCAUUCCAGGCAUGUUCGUGGUUGUGCUCCCACUGCUGUACUGUCCGAUGACGUGGGGAAUGUAUCACAUCUUCUUCCAGCUCCUGGGAGACUUCUGGAUGCUUUUGGGUUUGCUCGUCAUGGCCUUUGGCCCUAUGAUGUAUCUGGCUCUUGGCAGUUAUUACACCAUCACACGUCCUCUGACUGACAAGGCCGUCGCCCAGGUCAUGGUCAGCAUGAACCGUGCAUCCACCAUCCUCGCUCUCAUUGGGUACGUGUUCAUCUGCACUUUUGCCUGGAAGCGCUACAAACUCACGAUCGGCGACGAGGAUACGGAAGAAACCGCGAGCGUUGAGAGGGAUGCUUACAAGUACAUAGCUGAACAAAUUUCGGUGCUGCAGCCCAGUUUCUGGUUAAAGCUGGCUGGGGUCGCAAUGGCCAAGUACUUCUUUACCACACUGGCGGGCGUUGAUUGGAUGAUGGUGGAAAUUGGAAAGCAGCGACGGUAUGAGAUAUUAAUGGAGAUUUCGCAAAAGAUUAAGGCCUUGGAAACCAGUGGGACAGCAGUGCGCUAUCCUCAAGGUCUGAAAACUGAAGUAGAGAGACUGGAAAACUUGCAAGCAGCAGAAGAGCGACUUUUGCGCUUGGACUGUGUCUUCUACAUUCUCUAUGAUGAGGUGCCGAUGCACGUUGUUGAAGAGGAGGAAGUCAAUCCUCACGUGCCUUCCAUGCGAAGACGAACCACGGUGCUCGCUCCUGCAGUCUCUGGGCUGCUCGGGGAUGUUGAGAUGGAGCAGCUGGAACGUCCGAAAAAUGACAAGGAAGUGACGACGCCGGACUCGGCGCCAACGCCCGUCCAGAGCCCUCAGGGCUUGCCAACGCAUCCAACGUCGUCACCAAAUCUGCCACAUCCGACGUCAGAACCAGAUCUGCCACGCGUGGCAGAGGCUCAAAAACCUAGCGGGCCUAGCGCCUUGGACACUGCUUGGUCCUUUUUCUUCGGUCUUCGCGUCCCUGAAUCACGGCCUCACUCCCAGGGCUUGGCACCACGUCACGCCCGGAGCUUAGCACAACGGCCAGGACAUAGGUGGCCACCGCCACCCACAGAGACUUUCCCUAAUUCUCCCGGGUGGAGACCACAGGCUCCGCUUAUUUCGGACUGGACGUCGGCUGGUUCAAGUCAAUACAAUGCUCCUUUGCAACCCUUUCCUGCUCACUGGCAGCCUUCGCACGACGCCAAUCAGUUGCUACCGCCGCAGUGGCAGACAUCUUUGGGUCAGACUGGCGAGCCUUCGAGCGCUUCCUGGGCUCGCCACACAGUAGCACCAGGGCAGCAUUUGCGCCCUCAUUUCUGA